AUGCCCGAAGAAAUCGACAUGACGGCAUCCGGAAGGAUAUACCAGAAUCCGGCCAAUCCACGCGAGCUCUGGUUUAACCUGGGCUGGUACAUCAAGGACAAGUACCAGUUUCCAUCUUACAAGGGCUGGAUGGGAGAAUUCAUCAGCACGGCCGACUACAACAAGGUUGUCCAAGACUUGCAGGACGAGUUGAACGGCUCGACUGUCACGCAAACGAAAGAUCAGGUUGACCAAGGCGCAAUAUGCUGCUGCUUGAUUACGUUGUGCUUGGCUUGCCCAGUUUGCAGCUGCGUCGUGCUAUGUUACGACAUCGGACUCAAAAGCCUGAAAGGAAAGCUGACAAGCAAGUUGGAGAAUUCCGGCAUCAAACAAGACAUGCGGAUCGAGUUCGUGAAAGCCGAUGAUUUCUUCAGGAAGGCAAGCGUCUGGAAGGACCAUAUGUCACAAACUUUGCAACUCAGGAAGAAGGGAGGCGAACAGUUCGAAGGGGGACCACCGCCAGGAUGCAACCUUGUGAUCACCACCGAGCAGCCGAUUUCGUGGCCCCCACCGCCAGAUGCCGCAGACGUCAUGGCCGAUGCUUUGCAGAGGGGGGUGGCCGGAGCCACAAGUGCCAUCCAGGGCGCCGUGGCUUGGGCGCAGUCUGACCAAGUCCAGGAUGCCGUCAAGGGCGCAGUGGACAAAACCAAGGAUGCCGCCAAAGCUGCCGUGGAAUGGGCACAGUCCGACGAAGUCCAGGACGCGGUCAAGGGUGCCGUAGACAAGACCAAGGAUGCCGCCAAAGCGGCUGUGGAAUGGGCUCAGUCCGACGAAGUCCAGGACGCAGUCAAGGAUGCCGCGGAGAAAACCAAGGAAGCUGCGAAAGAUGCUGCAGAAUGGGUGCAGACCCAGGUGAAGCCAAUGCAGCAAGCGAUGGCGUUUGCGAACCUGGAAACGUAUUUUAGAGGAUUGGGACUGAUCCCCGGUCUUGUCCUGACCAAGCAGGAGACAAGCGGAUGGACAUCUGGUAAUGAGCCAUCUGUGCCGGCCUUCAUGAGACUCAGGAUGAAGCAGGCCUCAUAG